UAAUGAAUCGAAGUCAAUCUCCAAUACUAAGACCUCUUUCAAAUAUAUCAAACAGAAAACUUACAUCCACAAAUGUUUAAACCAAAUAAAACGAAAAGUCUUCAAAAUCUUAUGCUCUAAAUUCAGUCAUAUUUCCACAAUAAUUUGGGGCUGCAAAAUCAACUAUUUACGAAGUUAAAACUCUAAAAAACAAUAUCAUAACUCCAAAAAGUAGUAUUAGUUCUUUCACUUCCACUCCCAGACUUAGUUUAAAUGAUAAUGAUGAUGGCAGUUCAACCAAAUUGAAGAAUAAUUAGUAAAACUCUAAAUUUUUACUCUUUAAAAUAAUUGUCUUUUUGAGUCUCAUUGCUUUUGCUCUGUUAAUUUACUAAAUACAAGCUAAUUUAUUUAUGUCAUCAAAAUCCAACAAAAUAUCUGGCGAACUUCAGUAUGCAAAAGAGAAAAUGAUUGCUGAUAGUGUAUCUAAUUCCAUUAUUUAAACUGUUGUCUAUGAUCGCAGAAAAAUCAAUUUGUUGAAGGAGAAGAAUGAUGUAAAAUCAUUUUAUUAAGAUGAAUUCUCUUCAAAUUUAUGGAAAAUGGUAUUUAAAUUUUAUUUAUUCUAAUUAGGUUGUAGAAAAUGUAAAUAGGGAUAUAAGAAUAAGAUUAGAAAAAUAAGACAACGAAGAGUUCUGGACUGUUUGA